ACCGAAAUUCUCAUAGCCGAGGAUGCCAAUUCUCCAUGGCGAAUCCUCUUUCCACCUUCCACGAAGCUUCUCUCUCCCCCAACAGCCUCAACGACAACCCCAUCACUCUUCUCUGAGCUUCGAUCCCCGAAAAUUGAUGUGUGUGGCUCCUGCCCUUUCACUGUGAGCAUGGUGGAGAUGGGGGAACCCAAUACCUGCUUUCGGGGCUGCUGCUCUAGCGACACCAUCCGCCUCCACUUUCCUCCCUCGGAGUACUCUCUUCUUUCCACCAUUGCUCGAGGCUCCGAGAGUACCGUAUUCGAAGCAAGGCUCCAAGGCCGGAGGGUCGCUGCUAAGAAGCCCGUCCUCUCCACCUCCGAGGACCUCGAUAAGUUCCACCGCGAGUUGCAACUUUUAUGCAAAUUGGAACACCCUGGUUUGGCUAAGCUGGUUGCCGCGAAUUCAAGACCUCCUAAUUAUAUUUUCUUCUUUGAGUUCUAUGAGAUGGGAAGCUUGGCGCAUAAAUUGCAUUUGGAGGAGUGGAGUCCUUCCGUGGAUGAAGCCCUUGUGAUUUCUUAUAACCUGGCCAAUGUUCUUCAGUACAUGCAUGAACUUGGUUUUGUGCACAGAGAUGUGAAGCCUGGAAAUAUUCUACUUGACAGUAACUUGCUUCCACAUCUGACGGAUUUUGGUUUGGCCGCAUAUGUGAAGGAUCUUAAACAAGUAUCAUUGGAGAAUUGGAAAUCAUCUGGCAAGCCUACUGGUGGAUUUCACAAAAAAAACAUGGUUGGGACACUUAUCUAUAUGGCGCCAGAGAUAUUGAGGAAGGAUAUACAUACUGAAAAGUCGGAUGUAUAUAGUUUUGCUAUAUCGAUCAACGAGCUUCUUACAGGCGUUGUUCCUUAUACUGAUUUACGAGCAGAAGCUCAGGCACACACUGUUCUUGAAAUGAACUAUACCGAGCAGCAACUUAUAGCAGCAGUAGUUUCUGAAGGACUGCGGCCUGUCCUUGUUCAAUUCAGAUCUGGCUUACCGGCAAGUCUUAUGGCAUUGAUCCAAAGGUGUUGGGACUCAAAUCCUGUAUUCAGACCAUCUUUCAAUGACAUAACCAAAGAACUAGAUGAAAUUAUGAAGGAUGCCAUGAAAGUGGGUUGGGCAAAACCUUUUGAAGUGUUGUCAUCUUCUUUGAGCAGUCAAUAUCAAAGUGGUUUGAACAGCCUUCCCAAAUUUGAAGAAAACCUGAAUUGGUUCACCCAAGGGGAGCUAUCAUCAAAGAAAUCUCAGGAUGAAAUUAAAAAUAUGAAACUCUGGCCUAGUUCUUUAGAUGAACCUCUGCAAUACCGUCCCACGGUAUCAUGGGGAUCUUUUGGUGCUUGUGGGAGAAGGGAGAAAAUGGAGGAUACACACUUUUUGCUUCCCCAAAUGUGGAAUGAGAAAGAUAUUCAUUUGUUCGGAAUUUUUGAUGGUCAUCGAGCUUAUCUAGGUGCUGCAGCUGCCGAGUUCUCCGCUCGAGCUCUACCUGAGUUUCUAAAGCGAUCUGGUUACAAUAACAGUCCAGCAAAGGCACUUUGUGAAGCAUUUGUAAAUACAGACAUUUCAUUCAGAAAAGAAUUGACCUCAUAUUGUAAUUCCAAGAGAGUUAUUCAGAAAGAUUGGCAUCCUGGGUGCACUGCAAUUACAACAUUAAUAGUAAGGGACAAGCUUUUUGUGGCUAAUGCCGGUGAUUGUCGAGCCAUACUCUGUCGUUCUGGCCACCCAUUUCCAAUGAGUGAGGAGCAUCUUGCAAGCUGUCCUGAGGAAAGGACACGUGUUAUGAAUGAAGGCAUGGAAGUGACGUGGCAAGUGGAUACGUGGAGGGUUGGCCCUGCUGCACUUCAGGUUACACGAUCAAUUGGUGAUGAUGACUUAAAGCCUGCUGUGACUGCGGAGCCUGAGAUUAUAGAAACUUCUUUGUCUGAAGUUGAUGAGUUCUUGGUGAUGGCUAGUGAUGGACUGUGGGAUGUUAUGAGCAAUAAAGAAGUGAUAUCCAUUAUUAGAGAUACUGUGAAGGAGCCAACACUGUGUUCCAAGAGAUUGGUGACUGACGCUGCUGCACGUGGCAGCAAAGAUAAUAUUACAGUCAUUGUCGUCUUCCUCCGGCCUGUAUCCACGGCUGAAAGAGUUUAUUAGCUCAUCAAACAGGUAAUCAUCAUGCCAUAACUUUCAUUGGGAAAUUUACAUACAUUCCCUACUAUUGUUAUGAAUUUACAUAUAUCACUUAGAGUUUGAUAUUUACAUUGAUAACACUGGUGCAAUAAACCUAUGAAGUGAUAUUUUUUUUAUGUGAAGUUAAGAUUUGAGUGUUA